GGGAUAUAUAAGACGAGUCCGUGAAGCUGCUGUACCAUUCAUGUGACACAGUCAAUGUAUUCUGUUUUUCUAAAUUCUUUUCCAGGGGAUGAACUCCUGAGGAGCGAAUGACGAAACAAAUUUUGCUUUUAUUCACAUUCAGAGGAUUAAUAAGGAAAGGGAAAAAGGGGAAAAAGAGAAAAUGGCCAGUUUUAUAUUACGGAAAGCUGAACCCAAAGAUGUGUCAGAUAUCUUGAGACUCAUAAAGGAACUUGCUAAAUUUGAGGAGAUGGAGGAUAAGGUCAUGCUGACCGAGAAAGAUCUACUUAAUGACGGCUUUGGAGAUCAUCCAUUCUACCACUGUUUAGUUGCUGAAGUCCCAAAAGAGCAGAGUUUAGAAGGGCACACUGUGAUUGGCUUUGCCAUGUACUACUUCACAUAUGACCCUUGGAUUGGAAAGUUGCUCUACUUGGAAGACUUCUAUGUCAUGCAGGGGUUUCGUGGUUUGGGCAUUGGUUCACAAAUUAUGAAGGUUCUGAGUGAGACGGGGGUAAAGACUCGCUGUAGCGGCAUGCACUUCAUCGUAGCAGAAAACAACACAAAGUCUAUUGAGUUCUACAAGCGAAGAGGAGCAUCUGAUCUCUCAUCUGCGGAGGGCUGGCGUCUUUUUCAGAUUGAAAAGAAGGAUCUGCUGAAAAUGACUGCCAAAUAGAGUUUACUGUUUAUUGACUUAGGUGUUGUUGGUGAUAGCAAUACUUAUGUUUUGUUUGAUUUGGCACAGUCUUAAUAAAUACACUUAAAACUGUUAUCUUUGGUAAUAAA